AUGGCGGAUCGCGCGCGGCGCGCCGCACCCGCCGAUGACGGUACCGUGCGGAUAAACGGUAUCGUACUGCCGGCUGACAUGUCUGAUGAGCUGAAGACGCUCAACGUGAAGCUUGAGGAUACUACCUGUGAAAGCAAGGAAGCCGGUAUAAAAACGUUAGUCAUGCUCGAUGAUCAAGGAGAGCAACUCGAGCGAUGCGAAGGUGCUUUGGACACAAUCAACACGGAUAUGAAGGAAGCCGAAGAACAUCUCAAAGGAAUGGAGAAAUGUUGCGGAUUGUGCGUGCUGCCGUGGAAC